ACCUCCUUUCUUAUUCCUUCCACGUUUCAGGUGUGAAGUGCAUUUGUUGGGCUCUCUUGUAUUACACUUAAUAAUCAAUUAAGAUGGCUUUUGGUAGUUUGAAAAACGAUAAAGAAUUGAAAGCUUUCAACGCGUUCCUCGAAACUAGGAGCUAUGUUAGUGGAUAUUCUGUAUCCAAUGCCGAUUUCGAUACGUUGAAGCUCUUAACAAAGGCUCCAGCAGCCAAUUACACCCAUAUUCUUCGUUGGUACAAUCAUAUCAAAUCCUUCGAAGCUGACAAAUCCUCUCCAGCUUGUCCCUUGAAAACUGCCACAACAACAACUGCUCCAACACCUAAGAAACAAGAACCCAAAGAAGAAGAAGAUGACGAUGUCGAUCUCUUUGGUUCAGAUGAUGAGGAGGAAUCAGAAGAAGCACAACGUAUCAAAGAAGAAAGGCUGAAGGCUUACAAUGAGAAAAAAUCCAAGAAACCUGAACUUAUUGCCAAAUCGUCCAUUGUUCUUGAUGUGAAGCCUUGGGAUGAUGAAACCGACAUGAAAGAAAUGGAGAAAAAAGUCCGUACUAUUGAAAUGGAUGGUCUUAUCUGGGGUGCUUCAAAACUUGUACCGGUGGGCUAUGGUAUCAACAAGUUACAGAUUAUGUGCGUAGUUGAAGAUGCCAAAGUUUCAGUUGAUCUGUUGACUGAAACAAUCCAAGAAUUCGAAGACUUUGUCCAAUCUGUUGAUAUUGCUGCUUUUAAUAAGAUUUAAUUAUGUAAUGAGUUUACAUUAAAAUACAUCUUAUAAUCGAAA